ACACAGGGAUCGGGAACGUGACAGAGACUAUGAUCGGGAGAGAGACCGUGACAGGGACCGCGAUAGAGACCGUGACAGAGAUCGUGACAGAGAUCGGGACAGAGACCGGGAUCGAGAUUACCAUAGAGACAGGGGAAGAGACAGAGGAAGACGGAGGGGUGAUGAUGACGAAAGCCAUGGCGGUCAGCCUCCACGCCGAGGAUUUCCAGGGGGAGCAGCCAUUGCACCACCUCCCUCUCUUAUGCAGGAUUCAGCCUCUGCGGAACAAGCUGCUCAACAGUGGCCAGUGUCCAGUGGAGCAGACUUUAAUUUUCCUACUGAAAAUAAACCAAAAGGCGGAGGCUUUUCUGCCAGUCCUGUUGCAUCUCAGAUUAUGGCAAAAUAUGGUUGGAAAGAUGGUCAAGGUUUAGGAAAGCAAGAGCAAGGUAUCAACACAUGUUUGCAAGUGGAGAAAACCAGCAAGCGAGGCGGAAAAAUAAUCAACCAAGACAAAGAAUCAAAAGCUGCGCUGCAAGAAGCAGAACCAGUUACCAGCGUUAUGAGGAACCCAAGUAAAGUUGUUGUUUUGAGAAAUAUGGUUGGUCCUGGAGAAGUGGACGAAGAGUUACAACCUGAAGUCGUGGAAGAGUGUAACAAGUAUGGAGAAGUUAUCAAAGUUGUAAUAUAUGAGCUCUCGUGGAUCUCAAUGGAAGAUUUUUUGGCGGUCGAACUGUCAGAGGUGCAUUCUUCAACUUGGAUAAGUUCAGAAGACUCGAUCUAAUGGCCGAUCUUUAAUACAGAGAAAAGGCCAGAUACUCAUUUCUGGAACUUGUUUACCAGUCGACACGAUUUCAGAUGAGAGAAGAAGUCCCACAGGAGAACCAGAUACGAUUUCAUGGAGCAGCCCAAGUGUUAUGUCUAUUAAAUUGACCAAGAAUAGAGAACUUUACAUGUCUAUGUUUGGGAAUUGCGAAGAGACUGGGUAUCCUAAACGAACUUGGCUAUUUUUUCGGUGGAAAAGUCUUUUAGCAGACCCUGUUUUUUUUUGUUUUUUUUUCCUCUUGGUUCAUCGCACAAAGCGUGAGGAUAAAUAUCCAUAAAUGCAAUAAUUUCUCAUAUCAGUUACCGUUAUAUUUUCAGGCAGUUUUUCGAUUGAAGCAGGUAGAUUUUUCAUCGCCUGAUGCUUUCGGAACUGACCCAAAAGUAUCGGAGAACGAAGUCGAGAACUUUGAUCCGACUCUUGCUUCACUCAUAGACUAAAAUACUAGUAUAAUGAAGGGACAUAGGAAACGUACUUUUGACCGCGAUUGUCGUUCAAAACAGAUGGUAGACCCAAACCCGUGUAAUUAAAAACGCUUUUUCCUUGUUUGUAGUGUUAAUACGCUGUUGUAAAAAAAUUGUCAUAGUAAAUUUGGAUGUACCUCUG